AUGUUCUGCGUAGGGACCGUGUACGCCCUCACGGUACUUCAAACGGAGCUGUCCCGGCUUCUUGGCGUAUCGGAGCCUUGGUCCGUUGUACCAUUUGGAGCAGCCUGCCUUGGGCUCUGUGUUGGGGUAAGCACUUGCGCGUCAUUAAUGACUCAGAGAAGUGUCCAUCUUGUUGCUGCAUGGGGUACAAUGCUCUGGGGCUUUGCUGUGGCGAUAGCGGGUGCCUUCCUGUCUAAAGGGUCUUUCGUUUGGAUUCUAUUUUCGCUGCUUUUGGGGGGAAUUGGGGUCGGCUGGACCUAUCUCGCCGUUGUUGUUUUGGUUGGACGGGCCUUUCCCAAUCAUAUGCUUGCUCGAAGUGCAAUUGGGCCUAUGGGUUUCUCAUCUGGAACGGCGGCGUGCAUUGCGCUUGGUUCUGUUUUUGAUUUCACUUCGUUGGAUGCGAAGAGUCUCGGAACUGGUCUUACAUUAGCAGGAAGCACGUUCAUUAUGGUCGCGGCCGUUACUAUGAUCUCUUUGCACAUUGAGGAAGACAUAAAGAGGAAGAGUCCUUCCUUUUUGAAGGCGAAGAGUGAGUCAGAAGUGUUCUUCUCAACUCUGCUCUUUUUUAAUGCUUUACCUGGCAUGGUUAUUUUUGAUGCUCUGCUACCUUUUGCGUCCUAUCACACGCAAGGCAUGGAGAAUGACCCCCUCAAAUUCCUGCCUUAUGCCAUGAUCGCUUUGUUCUCUGGUGGGCUUCUGGCUCCAAGUUUGAACUCUAUACUUGGGCCAAAGAUCACAUUUGCUGGUUUGUUCUCUUUGCGAGGCUUUUCUCUAGUGCUGCUCUCGCAGUUCAGCAACACAAAUGUAUCAAUUUCUGGUCUGUUACUUUGCUUGUUCGGCCAUGGUGCUGGUUUUAGUAUCAUCCCUAGUUUGAUAAAAGCCAAACAGGAGCAUCCAGCCUCGUUCCCGUCCAGCUACGGUCGAGUUUUGGUAAAUUGGGGUAUUGCGGGCGUUGUAGGGUGCAUUCUGAACGGCGUUUUAGGCGCAUCGUUUGGAAACUCUGCGACUGUGGGUCUUGUCAUUGGUGUCAUAUCGCUUUCAUUUAGUGCAGCGCUAUAUAUUUUGCCAUCGUUCGGUGAUGCUUCGCUCAUGUGUUUUGAACGAAACAUAUAA